AUGGCUACUGCAUUUUCUUACGCUCAAGCCGCCAAGGGUCAGGCGGCCACAACACCCGCGGCCCAGACCACCGAGAACGGCAAGGACUCCGCGAGCUCAGUAAACGGCGAACAAUCGGGUGCCGAGCCCACCGCUGUCAAGAGCACCGACUCCGCUGACGACGAGUCCUCGAGAAAUACCCCUCUCAAGACCCAACUGGCUGCCAAGCAGGAAGUCUCCUCUGCCCAAGCAGAGGCCAACAGCACAAACACACCAUCUGCCGCCGCUUCCGUCACCGACUCGCGACGCGAUGACGAGGAGGCCGUUACCGAAGCCUCUGCCCGCCGAAGUGAGAAGAGCGUGAGGUCGGCAAGCGCAUCUACUCGCGUGACCGACGAGGCCGAGCCGAAGAAGGGCUCUAGGAAGCCGAGAAAGGGCAAGGCCGGAAAGGAGUCAAGUGAGGACGCGAAGAAGGACAAGGCCGCAGAGCAGGAGAAAGAAGAGCCCAAGAUUGAGCUCGUUGAGGCGCCGCUUCCUUCGGUCAACAUCUGGACCCAGCGCAAGGAGACAGCGGCUCACAAGACCUCUGUCACCUUGCCCACCGCUAAUGGUGCUGCCAGCGCAUCUACCCCAGUUGACACCUGGCCCAACAGCCAGGAGUCCAAGAAGAAGAACAAGGCCGCUGACGGCGCUGAAGCCACCAACGGCACUGCUGCCGGCAAGUCUCAACGCAAGGCUGGCGAUGGUGAUGCCGCCGCCAGAAGAAAUGGUGCUCGCGGUUCAAGGGUUAUCGAGAGAGAUAGCCGACUGACCGAGGUCCCUCCCCCCGUUGGCGACGUUCACUCAUGGCCUACGCCUGAGACGGCGGUCAAGGAGAUCGUCAAGGAGGAGAAGCGCAAGCCUUCUGAGAAGGUUGAGCGGGUAGAGGCCGAGGUUCAGGAUGAUGCCGGUGCCAAGGGCCGUUCAAAGGACAAGUGGGAGCGUAUGGACUUUGUCCCUACUGUCCAGUUCUCCACCCCCAUUCCCUCAGUUAGAGGCUCUCGAGGAGGACGAGGUGGUGCUCGUGGUGGACGCGACAUUACUUCUCGUGGCGGUCACGGGGCUGCUGCUGCUGCCUCUGCUGACAAGCCGGCCGGCACUGCUGCCCCUACUAAGGCUGGAAACGAAGCUCGUGACCGUGCUCGCGAUGGUAACGCUCCGGCUAGAGCCAACUCUCAACCCCCUGCUGCGAACAAGCGGGCCUCGAUGGAAGUCUCCAACGGCAAGGAGCAGCGCAAGCCCACGGCGCCCAGCUCCGGCGAGCGCAACAAGGAGUCGCAGUCAAAUGCCGCCAGUGAGCAGGCCGGUCCUGUUAGAGAGAGAGGCGAAGGCCGCGGCGAUAGAGGCCGCGGCGGAUACCGAGGCCGCGGAGGUCACCCUGGAAACGUGCCCAUGCACGCUCAGCAGUCUUCAUACAUGUCUAACGGCAACUCCUUCGGCUCUCAAGGUCCCAGACAGUACGCCAGCCCUCCUCUUCACCAGGGCGGCAGCUUCCAAUCCUCCUACGGAGGCUCGCAGUCCCGCGGUGGUCGUGGUGGCCGCGGUCAGUCCAACGGCUCUGGAGCGUUCCGCGGUGCUGGUGGCCCUUCGAACUCUGGCCGUAUGCGUCAAGUUCAGACCAACAUGAACCAGGUCUCCUGGGAUUACGGAGUCCCCAUGACCCCGGGUUCUUAUGCCGCAUUCUACGAGCAAACGAGACAUAUCAUGAUCCCUCAGAUGGAGUACUACUUCUCCGUGGAGAACCUCCUGAAGGAUACCUACUUGCGCAAGAACAUGGACAGCCAGGGUUUCGUACCCUUGGAGCUUGUCCUCGGCUUCCAAAGGGUUCGUUCGGUGGCCGAUGCCCAGACUCUGCGCGCAAUUAUUGCCGAGUGUCCCCAGCUGGAUUACGUUGUCGGUGACGAUGGCAUUGAGAGAUUGAGAUCUCGUACCCACUGGCAAAAGUUCGUCUACCCUAACAUGGAGCUGCGCUUCGAUGCUGCCCGCAAUGAGGGACCUCAGUACUUCUACCCCCGUUCCCUUCACGCCAUCGCUCAUUACGACCACGGCAUGCUCGGCGACUACCCUGUCAUUUCGCCGACUGCUGCCUACCCCAACGGUGCCGAAAACAGCUACGUCGCCUACCCUACUGAGGCUCAGGGUGGACAGCCGAACGGCACUGUGAACGGCAACGCUGCCGAGACGCAGCUUUCUGCUCAAGUCCCCGAGUUCCAGCCCGGCCCUGCAUCCGAGCAAAUGGCCGAGGCCUCAUCCGAGACGGAGAAGGCUCAGGCCCUCGUCAAUGGCUCUGCCCACACAGAGAGCGCACCCUUGACAAACGGAAAUCACGCUCAGCCUGCUGAAGCCCUCCAGUCCUAG